GAAAGAGGAAGGAAGAGAGGUUGUUGGGACCUGAAGGAAAGAAGAAAGAAGAGAAUAAAGACGUAAUCAAGUUGAAAGUAGAUAAUAACAAGAAGAGAAACCUGGCACUCAAUGAUUUCGAUGAUGAAGGGUACACGGCAGUGCACGAGGCAGUGGUAGCCGGAGACGAGAUGUGGCUGUUGGCACUGCUGACUGAGGGUGCCAGUGUUAACCUACAGUGCCAGCUGAGUGGUGAUACUGCUCUCCACCUGGCCUGCAGGCACCAGCUUCCCCGCCUGCUGCACCAGCUACUGCAGGUGCAGAGUGAUCUUGACUUGUUCGUGUGUAACAACGCCGGGUUGACCUUCCUUGACCUGGUGCAGCCUGAAUCACCUUGUUACCAGGUCAUCCACAACCACCAGAGAACGAGGGGCCUGGAGACCUGUGAUGAAGAGUGGGGCGAUGAUGACCAGAAUGAUGAUGACCAGGAUGAUGAUGAUGACAAGGAUGAUGAUGACCAGGAUGAUGAUGACCAGGAUGAUGAUGACCAGGAUGAUGAUGACCAGGAUGAUGAUGAUGACCAGGAUGAUGAUGACCAGGAUGAUGAUGAUGACCAGGAUGAUGAUGACCAGGAUGAUGAUGAUGACCAGGAUGAUGUUGAUGACCAGGAUGUUGAUGACCAGGAUGAUGAUGACCAGGAGGAUAAGGGCCAUGAUAAUAAUGACUAAGAUAAUGACCAGAAAGAUAAGGACCACAUGAUAAUGACCAUAAUGAUAAUGACCAUCAUGAUAGUGACCAUCAUAAUAAUGACCUUCAUUAUAAUGACCAUCAUGAUAAUGACCAUCAUGAUAAUGACCAUCAUAAUAAUGACCUUCAUUAUAAUGACCAUGAUAAUGAUCAUCAUGAUAAUGACUAUCAUGAUAAUGACCAUGAUAAUGAUCAUCAUGAUAAUGACCAUGAUAAUGACCAUCAUGAUAAUGACUAUCACGAUAAUGACCAUCAUGAUAAUGACCAUCAUGAUAAUGACCAUGAUAAUGAUCACCAUGAUAAUGACCAUGAUAAUGAUCAUCAUG